GAGAUUUUCUAAAUACCCCUCCGUCACUCUUCGCCACAGGAUGGAUAUCGGCACUGUUUAUUUUUCGGCGACUCUUCCCCCAUCUUAAUCUGGCAACUGAAUCGUCAUCUCCCGACUGGUCACUGAUUACAUCCGUAUAAUGGAUUUAAUGUGUGUGGAGGAACCACCAACACCGUUACUAACUUCUGAGAUGAGCACCUCGGAUCCACUUGUUGGUUUUUGUGAGUCCUUUUCAACACCAAGAAAGUUACUACCAUCCCAGGGGAACAAGUUAGAGUACCUUCUGCUUUGUAGUUGCUGGAAUUUCAAAGGAGUUCUCAUUAUUUGUUCUUAUGUAUUUCAUGUAAUUUCAGGAUUUCAAUGUAUUGUUAAAUUUUAAGUUGCAUUUAAAAAAGUUGGGUAUUUUCCCUUUCAUUAAUGCAUUUAAAAAAGUUGGGUAUUUUCCCUUUCAUUAAUGCAGUGAAAAAUCUUAGGUCUUGCAGUAAACAGAAGUACAUAGCAGAGGAAGGCAUUUAACUGAUUUAUUCUAGCAGCUUCUUGAAAAUUCUUAAAAAUCAGAUUAUUCAGUGUCAACAAGAAUCUAUUCAUUCCUCCAUUUCGUUUAUGACGGAGUACUACUAAAAAGAUUAAAUUAUG